UGAAUCAUCACACUCCUCUCGGUGGACAUACGAGGACUUGGGCUGGAAGCAUGUGGCGCGUCCUGCGAGGCUGGAGGGGAGGGCGUCUGGGCCCCUGGGGAGCCGUGGGGCAGCAGCGGCCCCCCAGCGUGCGCGCGCUGGCGAGCGCGGGCUCCCGGCGAGGGGACGAGUACACUCACGUGGUGGUGGGUGCGGGCUCCGCGGGCUGUGUGCUGGCCGGGCGGCUCACCGAGGACCCCGACAAGCGCGUGCUGCUGCUGGAGGCCGGGCCCAAGGACGUGCUCGCGGGCAGCAAGCGGCUCUUGUGGAAGAUCCACAUGCCCGCGGCCCUCGUGGCCAACCUGUGCGAUGACAGGUACAACUGGUGCUACCACACGGAGCCGCAGCCGGGCCUCGACGGCCGGGUGCUGUACUGGCCGCGCGGCCGGGUCUGGGGGGGCUCGUCGUCGCUCAACGCCAUGGUCUACAUCCGUGGCCACGCCGAAGACUACAACCGCUGGCAGCGGGAAGGCGCGACGGGCUGGGACUACGCCCACUGCCUGCCCUACUUCCGCAAGGCGCAGAGCCACGAGCUGGGCGCCGGCACGUACCGCGGCGGCCAGGGCCCCCUGCACGUGUCCCGGGGCAGGACCAACCACCCGCUGCACCGCGCCUUCCUGGAGGCGGCGCAGCAGGCCGGCUACCCGCUCACCGAGGACAUGAACGGCUUCCAGCAAGAAGGCUUUGGAUGGAUGGACAUGACCAUCCACCAAGGCAAGCGCUGGAGCGCAGCGUGCGCGUACCUGCACCCGGCACUGAGCCGCCCCAACCUCACGGCCGAGGCACAGACGUUUGUGAGCAAGGUGCUGUUUGAGGGCACCCGCGUGGUGGGUGUGGAGUACAUCAAGAACGGUCAGAGCCACAGGGCUUACGCCAGCACGGAGGUGAUUCUGAGCGGGGGUGCCAUCAACUCUCCACAACUGCUCAUGCUCUCGGGUGUCGGCAAUGCAGAUGACCUCAAGAAGCUGGGCAUCCCGGUGGUGUGCCACCUGCCUGGAGUGGGCCAGAACCUGCAGGACCACCUGGAGGUAUACAUCCAGCAGGCAUGCACCCUCCCCAUCACCCUGCACUCAGCACAGAAGCCCCUGAGGAAGGUCCGGAUUGGUCUGGAGUGGCUCUGGAAAUUCACAGGGGAUGGAGCCACGGCACACCUGGAAACAGGAGGGUUCAUCCGGAGCCGGCCUGGGGUCCCCCACCCGGACAUCCAGUUCCAUUUCCUGCCGUCCCAAGUGAUUGACCACGGCCGGGUACCCACCCAGCAAGAGGCUUACCAGGUGCAUGUGGGGACCAUGCGGGGCACGAGCGUGGGCUGGCUCAAACUGAGAAGUGCCAACCCCCGGGACCACCCUGUGAUUCAACCCAACUACUUGUCAACAGAAACCGACAUUAAGGACUUCCGACAGUGUGUGAAGCUGACCAGAGAAAUUUUUGCCCAGAAAGCCCUGGCACCGUUCCGGGGGAAGGAGCUCCAGCCAGGAAGCCACGUGCAGUCAGAUAAAGAGAUAGAUGCCUUCGUGCGGGCAAAAGCAGACAGCGCCUACCACCCCUCGUGCACCUGCAAGAUGGGCCAGCCCUCUGAUCCCACGGCCGUGGUGGAUCCACAGACCAGGGUGCUUGGGGUGCAGAACCUCAGGGUGGUCGAUGCCUCCAUCAUGCCCAGUGUGGUCAGCGGCAACCUUAACGCCCCCACAAUCAUGAUCGCAGAGAAAGCAGCAGACAUCAUCAAGGGGCAGCCUGCACUCUGGGACGAGGACAUCCCUGUCUACAAGCCUGGGACCCUGGCCACCCAGCGCUGAGGCGGUCACUGCCCGAGAAGCCUCCUGCCAAGUCAAGAGGGUCAGCACAGCCCCUGCCCGCCAUGCCCUUUCCUGAAACUGUCUAGAAUGUUACAGUUCAGUGGCUGAGAAUGUGUAAUUGCUUAGGUUGGGAGACCGGUAUCAGGCAGCGAAACAGGUUUCUUUUCCCCAGCAUUUUCCUGUGGGCGCGCCCCCCCCCCCCGCCCCGCCUCCUGAAGGGGCAGUAGAGGGGACUGGGGGGCAGGGCAGUGGAGGAGUAUGGCUAACUCCCGCCAUGGCCUUAUCUUAUCUUAUACUCCAUGGCACUCUGCAACCCAGGGUCUUGGUCGGACAUGAGGGAAGUGGUUCUCUCCCAGGGCUCCCUUUUAAUUAAAGCAAGCCAUUCCAGAGGCUGGGUGCUGGCUAGACGGCUCGGGGUUCU